AUGAUUUGGUGGAAGCAAUUUCCAAAAGAGAGCCGCAUUCUUUUCGAGUUCAAAGAACCCGCCGACAUUGAAAAAUUCACAUUGCACUCGGACAAACCGUUUGGGGGUUUGCAUAGCAGAUCGGAGUGCUCGUUGAGUAUCGUUGAGGAUGAAAACAAGAAGACUUUUGGAAGGUUUUCCGGACACAUUCAAUUAACUCCCGGCAUUCCGGGAACGGUAUUAGGAAAGAAGUCGUUUUGUGCUUUUCGCUCGCCUGUUUUUCGGCCUCCACUUAAUUUGGCAGAUUACAUAGGAUUAGAAAUGCGCGUUCGAACGAGUAAUCACGGGUUUGUCUUUAACAUUCAUCCCGACAAUAUGGUUCCUUCGGAUUUAUUUCAAGGAUUCAUUGUGAUCCCACAUCGUGAUUGGGCUACAAUCCAGCUCCCGUUCGCUAACAUGGCUUACACAGGCUACGGGAAUGUGGAUUUGAUGUAG